UACUUCCCAAAGGAGGAGUACAGUCCGGAUCCGAACGACUCCACUAUGGCCAUACCGUAUGCCGUGACCAAGUCAGCCCUCUUCUUCAUCUUGGCUACAAUAUUCCUGUUCGUGGGAGAAUUCUGCUGCCUAUUUGGACAUUUCGCACGUCAGAGACGAGUCUUUACCUUCGUUUCUGGCGUACUCUGUAUCAUAUCAGGGCUGCUGAUGUUAAUUGGUCUGGUUAUGUACAUCUCCAUCUUCAAGGCUGAGAUUGGCAGCAAGCUGCGCCCCAGAUCACAGCUUCAGCCGCCUCUGUUCACCUACCGCUAUGGGUUCAGCUUUCUUCUGGUUGUAUCUGGAUUCAUGGCUACUGAAAUAGCUGGGACAUGUGCAAUAUUCCUGUACAUCUACUGGCACCAGAAAGAAUGGGGUCGCAAACGACAUGAGCUUCACCUCCAUCGCCGCAAAAUGUCUGCGUCCACGAUGCUCCUCACUGUGGAUCACCACAACCCAAACAUUAUGGUUCCAUGCAGACGCCAUCCACAUUCCAACCAACAGCAGCAGUAUACCUCUGGAAGACCUCCGCAAGGCCACAGAGCCUCUCCUCAACGCCGGUUAUACUUGAAUCGUGAUCCUAGGGGUCCUGAUGCUGUGGAGUGUGGCAACAGUGGAGUGCCAUCACCCUGUAGACACCUGCCACUCCCAUCAUUCACUGGCUCCAUGAGAGACAUAACUUCAUCUUCCUAUUACAGUUUCCCAGCUCCAGCAGGAACUGUUAUUGACACUUCUACAGGAUAUCAUCAACAUUAUUAUCACCAUCAUCAUGGAGAAGAAGAAUGUGAAGCAACACCACCACCAAUUGAUCUUCAUCACCACCAUCACCAUCAACAUCAUCACCACCAUCAUCCGCAUCACCAUGGUAGUGCCAGAGAACUGUCAGCGUCUCAUUCUUCAUUCUUCCCACGUGACGCUACGACUAACACUGUGUCUACGACAGCUGAUAUUAACUCAUGUGGUGAUAACGAUAUUGAUGAUGAGGAUUAUUCUCCUUCGAUGCAACAUGAACAUGAGUUUGUGACUUUUGAUUUGGAUGAUCAUCCUCCUAUGCCACCUGUCAGGGCAGUGGCCACCACAACAGACGAGUUGUCGCCUCAACAGAGACGGAAAGAUUUCGGGUUAGACGCUUUGAGACGGACGACUCCUGUCUAGUGAGUUAUAAAUCCUAUGCAUAUUAUGGGGUAAUGGUUGCUUGUGCUAUAAAGCUUGACUUGAUUGGCCUAAAGCCUUGUGCUUCAAAGUGUUUUCCAAAGAGAUGCUAACUACAAUCCUAGUCUUGGUAUGGAAUGAUUUUCUUACAUUUUCCAGUUAUUUGGAAACUCACUUCAUAUUCACAUGGAUGAUAGCCCAAAAAGAUUUCAUUAAUCCAGUCACUAAUUACCUAUGAAACUAUCUAUCAUUCUAAAUAAGUAUUCUGUGAAUAAAAGUUUUCUUGAGUUAAUCAGCUAGUCAAAGAAAUUUUCCACCUACCAAGACCGUGCAAAAGGAAAUAUACGUUUUCUAAUGGUUUCAUUAAACAUUUUACACAAAUAGAACACUUGCAUAGGUAUCACAUUUGUACACAUUUUUUAGCCCAAGGUAGGCUAGUGGUGGACCUCUACAAAGUUACCAACACUGGAUCUUCAUAAAAUAUUCCUUGAAGGAUAGUAAGUUAGGAGCAGACAAAGAAUUCCUAUUUCCUCAUAUUUGGAAAUUCCUUGUAUUGAAUAGGCUAUGCCUACUUGACAUUUUGGAAUUCAUCCUGCCCUCACUCACCACAUGCUUUUUUUUUGAGGUUAGGUGUUCAGACAAAGUCCAAAUCUGAGAUACCCACUCUGCAAAGUGAUUGUGUAACCCAAGAUUACAAAGUUUGUUGCAGUAAGAGAAUAAUUAAUAAAGUUAUGAGCGUAUUUUUUAAAUGAAACUAUUCAUAGGCUGAAAGGUUAGAAUCCACAAGUCACAGGAUUCACAGGCAUGGUUAAGUUGUACCUUAAGAAUGCUGCCAUGGUAAGUAAUUUUUCAGGUUACCAAUAACCCACAUUAACUGUACAAGCAACCAUUGUUUCAGUUUACAGAUUAGGUAACAAAUAACUGUUUAUAAACUGCAAAGUAAAGCUGGAGUUAUUUUCUUUUAAUUCUUCCCAAGAAACAAUUUACACAAGCUGUCUGUCAAAUUGGAACAUAGGUUACAAUGAAAACUUUAACUUUAAAAUAAAGUUUUCCACACAAAACAGACAAAUUGAUUGCAAUGUGCUGAUUUACUUGUAUACUUUUAUAUUUUAUAAAAUUUAUGAAAAUUCAUUAUUUUAAUUCUCAUUUCUGUCAUCUCCAAGACAUGGUGGUAAAUAAUUCAACAAAUUAUCAACAUUCUUUCUUAAUUUAACCAUUUCAGUUUUGAAAUUAUCAUGACUACUGUCUCUUUUUAAUUGAUAUGAAUCGUCUUGAUCAUGAUGACCCAACUCUGAUCACCAAGAGGUACAGAAAUGUGCUUUGCUCAAAAUAUUUCAAUAUGAAAACAGAAUAAGAUCAAAUGAUAAUGAUUAUGAGAAUUUUUAUAUGCAGAAAUUAGUUUUAGGUUAUGAAGAAGGCUUUUAAUUCCAGUAGUUUAUUACAUACAUCAAAUUCUGAAACUGUAUCUGUUUGUAUAAAUACUGCCUCUGAGUGACCUGUUUCUUGCAAAUUAUUGAAAGAUCUCCAGUUUUCAUGGUGAAAGAAAUAGUUUGCUGUAAUGUUGACAAUCGAGAAUAAUAAUAAGAAUAUUAAGUUCCACACGUUUGUGAGUAAAAUAGUGUUCUGCUUUGUGGGACAACUGAAAUUGGGCAAAAGUAAAAACUGUUCAUGCUCACAGUUCUGUUGCUGAAAAUAAUAUUGUGACCCCUUUGAAACAUGAAGAAUGUAAAGAGUUAUAGUCUGACAGUAAAGCGCACAAAGUUAAGGUGCUGACUAAAAAGUGUAUUAUGUGAAACUUUUCUUGCAGAGGUAAAAAGAAUAGACAUCAACCGGGUGAAAAUCCUAUAUAACACACUAAGGAAAUGUAAGUAAAAAACUUUGAAUAUUAUAUGAAAAAUGUAUGUUACAAAUUAUAAAAAGAUACUUAUAAAGAAAAAAAUGAAGAAGUUGUAACUAAAAAUACAUUCCCUUUCAAUUUAUACCUCAAAUAAAUAAGUAGAAAUGAUUAUGUUA